AUGGCAGCGGCGAUGCGUCGGUACACUGCGCUGCGGCGCGGAUUAAGGCGUGCCACACCUAUACGCAUGCUACAUACUACUCUGCCUUUGCGGCAUGAGGGAAUUGACCGACCCAAGCCGGGCACGGGCAUCAAGAUCACGUUCCGCGACGCGAAUGGGGACAAUCUCAGAACUGUGGAAGCGAACGAGGGCGACGAUAUCCUCAGUAUUGCGCACGAGUACGAUAUCGACUUGGAAGGCGCAUGCGAGGGCUCAAUUGCAUGCUCGACGUGCCAUGUUAUCCUGGAAGAGGACGCAUACUACCAGCUGGACGAACCAGGUGACGAUGAGAAUGAUAUGCUGGAUCUCGCGUUUGGUUUGACCGAUACGUGCGUAGCGAGCGAGAUGGCUGACGGUAGCUCGCGGCUUGGGUGUCAAGUGAAAGUAAUGCGCGAGAUCGACGGGCUCGUAGUGCAGCUGCCUUCAGCGACACGCAACAUGUAUGUAGAUGGCGCAAAACCUGGACAUUAG